UGCGGGGGUGGGGGGGUACUCUCCAGUCCUUGUCACGACAACCCCAACAAGCUUGAUGGGUUUCAACCACCCCAAGAUACUGGGGAUCAGAGAAGGUUUCUGCAAAGGAAUGGGGGCUUUCAGGCCCAGGUAUGCCCUCUGUGGGGCAUUAUUCUGGCCUGGGCGCACACAGAGGGUUCAAAGUGGGGCAGGUCAGAACCUGCUGGGCCCACAUGAGUGCCCACUGGGGCCUCACGCCUGGGGUUUGGCUCAGGCGACCAUUCCCAGUGCAGCAGCCAUUGCAGAACUGGAAGAGGGACUCCAUGGCCCACCUGGCCAGCCAGUGAGUAGGGAGCCUCAGCAACUUUGUGCAGAGCCAAUGAAGUCUGGGGCCCCGGGACUCCCCCUUGCCUGCCCCAUCAGAGGGCCUGCUCUGCCCUGGGCACUAGGAGAGGCUUCAGUCACCAGGGUCUUGUGAAGCCAGCUCCUCCAAAGAAAUCUGUAAAUAAGGCUUCACAUGAGCAGUCAUUCCAGCUGGGACCCCUCCCUCCUUCCUGCCCCAGGAGGGGGCUCUCUACCCAAACCUGCCCAAGGGUCACUACUGGGAGCAGAGGGACCAUCCAGGGAUAUGGGGACAGGAGCUUGGUGACUGCAGCAACAGCAUGGCCUUUUUGGCUGACUGGCUCCAUCCCAGCAGAAAGUGGCCCUGAAGGGAGGGCCCAGGGGCAAGCGGCAGGACCUGAGUGGCUGGACACCUGGGUUCCUGCAGGUGCUCCUGACGCCGGCAUGGAGCAAGAGCCUGCGGCCUCAGCCAAGGCCGGCAGCCAGGACUGCUGCGUCCACUGCGCCCCAGGGCAAAAGUCCCCCAAGGCAGAGUAAGCGGCAACCGCCAGCCUGGGGACCUCUUUUAAGAUGACCCGCACGGACCCGCCAGACCUGUUGGUGUCGACCGUGUACCAGGAUAUCAAGGUGGCGGCCCCCGGGCCCGCGUCGCGGCACCCGCCAUGUGAACGCCCGCCUACUGCGCCCGCGCCUUUCAACAAGCGCCACUGCCGCAGCUUUGACUUCCUGGAGGCGCUGGACGGGGCGCCUAUGGAGGCCCACACAGAGCCGCCGCCCCCAGAGCCUGCGGCGCCGCGCACCCGGCCCCGCGACGGCGAGUCCCGGCGCCGCGCCCGCUCCAAGAGUGCGCCCCGCGCGCCCCCGGGCCUGGCGCCCGCGCCCGCCUCGCCGCCGGUGCUGCCGCGCCGAGGCCGGGAAGCCCAGCGGACGGCGCGGGCAGAGGCGUCGCCGCACAGGGAGCCUGCGUACCCCGCGCUGCGCGCGCUCGCCAACGAGCUGCACCCCAUCAAGCUGCAGCCGCAACGGGGCGGCCCCGGCCGCAUGGCGCCCCUCUGCGCCACCACCGGCCGCUGCGCGCCCCCGGAGCCGCCCGCCGGGCCCGCGCCCCAUGUCCGCUGCCGCCUGGACAUCAAGCCUGACGACGCGGUGUUGCAGCACACCGCCCGGGGCUCUCGGUCCUGCGGGCCCGCGGAGACCACGCCCUGGGUACGCGUCGCCCCCCAGUUCCACGGCCUCACCGUGCCCGGGCCUCGCCACAUGGGGCUCUCGCGCACCCCCACCCCCAGCGACACGUACUGCGCGGACCUCCGAGCGCUGUACUGUGACGGUCCGCUGCCUGGGCCCCGGGACUACACGGAGCGCCGAAGCCUGCCCUUCGCCACGCCGCCGGGCCCCACCCAAUUCUUCUACACCGAGGAACCCGAGGUCCACCCUGGCGGGUUUCCUGCCAGCCCCGGGCCGCCGUUGGACAGCUACUACGUCAGGCCCUUCCCGUCAGAAGAGCCCCCUGUGCCCAGUCCGAGGCGCAGCGGGGGCUACUAUGCGGGGGAAGUGCGCACCUUCCCGGUCCAGGAACCGCCCUCCCGUUCCUACUAUGCGGAGGCCGCGCGAGUCUACGGGGGCCCCCGCUAUGCUCCCGAGGAGGCCCGGGCUCACCCCCCUCUCCGCCCCUUUUACACAGAGGACUUCGGACGGUACCGCGACCGCGACGCCCUGGCUCGGACUUACCCCCACCCACGCAACAGCCCUACCUGGGGUGACUGGGGCCUGCGGCCUUACCGCACCCUGCAGGUCGUGCCUCCCCAGGACUCUGGCCCGCUGCUGGCCUCUUGGCACGGCGGCACCGGCACCAGCCCGCCCCGGCUGGUGACUGACAGCCGCCACUACUCCCGCUCCUGGGACAACAUCCUGGCGCCCGGGCCGCGCAGGGAGGACCCCCUGGGCCGCGGCCGCAGCUAUGAGAACCUGCUGGGGCGGGAGGCUCGGGAGCCGCGGGGCACAUCCCCCGAAGGCCGGCGUCCGCCCGUCGUGGUGAACCUAUCCACCUCACCCAGACGCUAUGCCGCGCUGUCCCUGUCAGAGACGUCACUGUCAGAGAAGGGCCGAGCGGGCGAGGGCCUGGGCCGCAACUGGUACGUCACGCCGGAGAUCACCAUCACCGACAACGACCUGCGCGCCGCCGAGCGUCCGACUGCCAGGGGCUGGGAGCUGCCUGGGGGGCGACCGCGGCGGUCUCCGCCUGCCGCCCCGGAAGGCCCCACGGGUGGCCGCCAGCGCAGCCUCGAGCAGCUGGACGAGCUCAUCACCGACCUGGUCAUCGACUCUCGGCCCCCCGUCGGCCCGGCCCCCGACCCCGCGGCUGACGGCCUGGGCCGCCACCUGCGCCGCCCGCUGGACUCUCGGCCCGCGGGCCCCGGGGCGCCCGCGCUGGCGCCGCGCUCGCCUCCCGCGUCGGCCGGCAGCGCCGAGGAGCUCGCGGGCCAGGGGCAGGCGGCCGACGCGUCCCCGGGGCCCAGCGCCGACGAGGACGACCUGAUGACGUGCUCCAACGCGCGCUGCCGGCGCACGGAGACCCUGUUCAACGCCUGCCUCUACUUCAAGUCGUGCCGCAGCUGCCACACCUACUACUGCUCGCGCCUGUGCCGCCGCGAGGACUGGGACGCGCACAAGGCGCGCUGCGUGUACGGCCGCGUGGGCAGCGUGUGCCGCCACGUGCUGCAGUUCUGCCGCGACAGCGGCCCGGUGCACCGCGCCUUCUCGCGCAUCGCGCGCGUCGGCUUCCUGUCGCGCGGCCGCGGCGUGCUCUUCCUGGGCUUCCCGAGCCCGGGCUCCGCAGACAACUUCCUGCGCUUCGGCCUCGAGGGGCUGCUGCUGUCGCCCACCUACCUGUCCCUGCGCGAGCUGGCCACGCACGCGGCGCCCCUGGGCAGCUAUGCGCGCGAGCUGGCGGCCGCCGGGCGCCUCUACGAGCCGGCCGAGUGCUUCCUGCUCAGUGUGUCGGUGGCCGUGGGCCCCGGCGCCGCGUCCCCUGGCGCCUCCGGCCGGCCCGCGCCCGCGCCGCGCAGCCCUGGGCCCACGGUACGCAAGUUCGCCAAGGUGGCGCUGGCCGCCGGCAGCCCCGCGCGUCCGCCCCCGGCCCGGGGUCGCGAGCCCGACAUGGAGACGCUGAUCCUGACUCCGCCGCCCGGCACCGCCGGCCUGGACCAAGAGGGCGAAGCAGGCCGGCGCGCGCGCGAGGUGGCCUUCAUCCACAUCCAACGCGAGCUGCGGCUGCGCGGCGUCUUCCUGCGCCACGAGUUCCCGCGCGUCUACGAGCAGCUCUGCGAGUUCGUCGAGGCCAACCGGCGCUUCACGCCCACCACCAUCUACCCCACGGACCGGCGCACCGGCCGCCCUUUCAUGUGCAUGAUCAUGGCCGCCUCCGAGCCACGCGCGCUGGACUGGGUGGCCAGUGCCAACCUGCUGGACGACAUCAUGUGAGCCUCGGGGUCGCGCCCGGGCUCCGCCCAGCCCGCUCAGGGCCCGCCCCCUCCGACCCCGCCCAGUCCGCGUGGGGCCCACCCCCGAGAAGCGCCCCGUCCACUCAGACACCGACCCCCCGGUCCACCCCAAGCCCACCCCGAGCGGCGCCCCGUCCACUCAGACACCGACCGCCCGGUCCACCCCAAGCCCACCCCGAGCCCCGCGCAGUCCACCGAGGGCCUGCCCCCGAGCUCCGCUGCCUACUCAGACCCCGCCCAGCCCACCGGGAGCCCCGCCCAGCUCCUCAGGCCGAGCCGUGCUCCCCGCCAGUCUUCCACCUGUUCGCCACAAGCUCCGCCCAGACCUCCUCCCUUUGGAGGUCACAGGCCCCGCCUUGCCCUCCCCCUCCCCCAGCUAGCCCUGGGGCCUCCCCGGAGGCCGGUCCUCGGCCCCUUGGUGCUCCCCGCUGGGAGGCGGGGUGGGCCUGAGGGCCGCCUGACCCUGCCUUCAAGAGGACGGGUCACUACUGCAGACCCCACCGCAGAGAUCCGGUCAGCCCAUUCCCUGACGCCCACGAUGCCUCUCGGGAACCUCCCCAGGCCGGGUUGAUCAGAGCCUAAUCCCGUCCCUUUUACGUGCCUCCACCCGUUUCCUGUGGUUUGGGGUCUCCCCCUGCUCGGAGGCCGGUCCUCUCUGGAGGACACCCUGACUAGUCCCGGUGUGUUCGUGUCCCGAGCAGAAAAGGCUAGUGGGGGCCCUGCACGGCCCGUUCCCGCUGGCUCAAGCCCGGGCUAGAGAGACCACAGCGGGACCCCGAGCGCGCACAUUGGCGGCGCUGCCCGCCCUCCGGCCGCCCUGUCGUGGGCCCUCGCAGGAGAGUUUGGGACAAGCAGCAAUGGAGGGGUACCCGGAGGUCUUCAGGCGUGGCGCAAGACACCAAGACAGAGGAGGGGACCCCCCCGGGAGGGGGAAAGAGGACGUGGGUGCGGACGCCGGCAGGAUCCAGCCCAGAGCUGAGUCUUGGCAGGGCGUGAGCCAGGCUGUCUGCCCAGCACGGACAGGAGGCUCCUAGGUGGGUGCCAGGGCAGAGUGGGAGGGCGGGAGAAGACGCACAGGGUGGAUGAGCGGGAGGGACCGCGGAGGCGGACCAGAAGGGGCUCCGAGCCGCCAACGUAGGGAGGACAAAAAAGAUUGGACGUUCCCCGUUCGGAGCGGGCGCCGGACCGAGCUAGUUGACCAGGGCGGGGUCCACCGGAGGGAUGGGGGUGUGACUACACGGACGGCCCCGCGCGCUUGCUCUGGCCUCGCCCGAUGCCGUGCGCUGGAGACGCGAGGCUGGCGACCCGGCUCCGGCUCCGGCUCCGGGAGCGCACACUCUUGGCCCACCGCCCUGGCUCCAUAAGGGCGAGUGAUCGUAGUCCCCGCGCCUCGCAACAGCCCUCCUGGAGCUCCCAGCACUCCCCGUCGCGGCUAGAAGAGACCAUCAAUUGAAUUGCGAGCGCCCCCCACACCUCUGUUCCCGGCUCUCGCCCCCGCCUCGUGCACUCCCGCCCAUCCCCCCACAACGCCUGCGCGCCCGCCUCGGCCCAGCGCGUGGGCACGGCCACCGGCCCCGCUCGCCCCACCCGCCUUCGCGGCCUGCCGGGCCCGG